GCCGCUGUAGAGAGCGCCAUGUUUCAAGAGGUCGACACUCAAGAAUGAAUUUUGUUUCAUAUUUUAGCUGUAAUGUCACAUUUAGGCAAAAUUUAACCGCGUUUAAUCUUAUAACGCCCGUACAAACACCCGCCAUCAGAAACUGAGCAGCUGUUUAGCAUUAUGAUCAGUGACGCUAAUAAUACACGUUCAUUUGUCUAUUGUUUUCAUGCUAAUAAACAAUAGCACUGACUGAUACACUCAAAUGUUUCUACUAGAAACACCUUUUUAUAUUCUUUUGUCUUGAUGUUGGACCGCGGAGACUUUAAAGGAUGUCUAUUGAUUUUGACAGUGCCGCUUUACAGACCCAGCAGGAGGAAGAGGAGUAUGAUCAGGAGGAUUAUGCUAGAGAACAAGAGCUCCAGAAGCUCCUGACUGAUCUCCCUGAUGAUAUGCUGGAGGACAGUCGUGAUUGCUCCUCACCCGAACUUGACCGCUCCGCGUGCAGCCAUCAGGGAGAUGACAACAGAUCACAGCAUGCUUGGAAUGUGCCACAAUGGGAGCCUCCCAGAGUUUCACAUGAGGGACACUAUGAAGAUCAAGGAUCGUACCAUGAAGACGGCUAUAACCCUCAUCACCUUCAGAUGGGGUCAGAACAUUUACAAUCGGGAUGGAGCACACAGAACGGCGAAAAUGACCAAUACCAGAGCGGAGACUAUGCCUAUUCAUCCGCAGGCACGGAUGAGUCCCAUGGCCCUGACUUUUCCACUGGGGAUGGGGCAGACCAGGACCCUCUUCAUAAUGAGAUGGGUUACCAUGCAGAUGAUGUCCAGAGAAAAGGACCAACCUAUGGAGUACAUGGCAAUAUCAGAAACCACUUCCAGGGUUUUGAUAGCAGUGUUGCUGGAAACAAACCCGCUGACCAUUACAAGGCCAGUUACCAUCCACAUCAGACUUCCAACCAACCGAAGAUGUUCAAUCCUCAGACAGCCAAUCACAAUGGUCAUUUCGACCAGCUUCAGAGGGACUUCCUGGACUCAACACAAAAUACAGCAGAUGGUCAGCAGCUGGCUCAGAUUCAGGUUUUGAACAGAGCUCAAUCCAGACAGAUCGAAGAGCUCGAACAGAAACUAGAAGACUGCAGAAGGAGCAUGAGAUAUCUGGAGCACCAGUUUGCCAUCGUCAAAGAUGAGAGGGACGGUCUGGCGAUGUCACUGAAAGAGUCGAGUGCUCUAGUGGAGGAGGGGAAAGAGAGAGAGGCUCAGCUGCAGGCCAGAAUCAGAUCUCUAGAGAAACAAACCCAAGCUCUCGCCGAAAGAGAGCAAGAGAGCGUGAAGCAGCAGCAUGCAGCCAAGGCAGCGAUGGACAGCAUGCAGCAGCAGAUGAUGGAGCUGUGCCGAUCGGACACGCUGACGCGAUCACGCGAACAACAUGACAGAGACACGGCGGCCCUACGGGAGCAGCAUGAAACUAGACUGCUUGCACUUCAACAGAAAUUAGAUGCCCAAUCACAGACUUUGGAGGAGCAGGCUGAAGCAGGCCGACGUCUGCUGGAUCAGGUCAGACAGCUGGAGCGUCAAAGAGAAGAAGAUCAGAUGGAUAGAGCUUCAGUUAUCAACACCCUCACACAGAGACUGGAGGAGAGCCAACAGCAGUGUGCCAAACUUCUCCAAACUGGCUCUGUGCAAGAGAUGAGUCAGUUACAGAUGAAACUACAGCAGGCCUUGUCUGCCCGAGCUAUAGGUGAAGACAUCAACAAAGCUCUGCAGGAAGAGCUGACUGAUUUAAAGGAGCAGAUUAAUCUGUACGAGUCUGCCGUUAAACAUGGAGCUUUUACUGUUGAAUCUAAUGGAGACUUGGAGAUCCAGCUGUCCGAGUCCUGCAUCGAUCUGGGGAUCAAGAAGUCCAAGUGGAGAAAUGGACGAAUACACAGUACGCCUCGUAUAGCAGAAAUAGGAGAUUCUGGACUGCCGAAGGACGAUGUGGUACGAGAGCUGAAGAGCGAGUUACAGCGCUGCCUGAGUCACCUCAAGACCAAACGUUUGAAGAUCUCAGAGCUUCAGGAGGAACUGCGGAGCUCCCAGACCAAAGUAGAGCACUUGCAGACGCAGCUAGAGCAGGCUGAGAAGACUGCAAGAGACUCCAAGGUAAGGGAGAGCAGCUUGGAGAAACACCUGGAAACGCCUCACACAGCUGUCGGCCCUCAGAAAGAACUCAUCAAACUGCAGGAGGAACGCCAACGCUUGCAGGACAGAGUUGAGGCUCUGGAGAGGAGAAACCAAGAGCUGAAACAGAGCGAGGAGAAGGUAAAAGCUGCUAAUUCUGAGCUCUGCACCAAGAUGAGAGAGAUGAUCCAGGAGCUGGACCAGGAGAAACAGGAGGCGGCAGAGAGGUAUGAAAGGACUCAGCAGCAGUAUAGAGAUGACGUUGUGAAUCGUGUUCGGGCGGAGCUCGCAGAAGAGCACUCGGCUCACGUGGAGCAGCUUAUCAGCCAGCAUCAGCAACACAUUCAACAGCUAGAGUCAAAACUGGCCGACCUCAGUCAGGAAAUGUUAGCCGUGCAGGAGUGCUACAUUUCAGUGUGUAAAGAGAAGGACAAACUGGAAGAAAAUCUCAAGAGCAGGCUUGAAGAAGAGAGACGAUUGAGAGAUGAUGAGCUGAAGAAAAAAGAGGAGAGUGACUGUGCUCUGGAGAGACUGCGAUCUGAUCUGGAGUCCCGGCAUCAGGAGGACGUGGCUCGGCUCAAAUCCCAGUGGAAGACCGAAACACACGCCGAAAUUGAGCUGCGGGUCAAAGAACAGCUGGAAAGCGCCAGGCAGAACUGGCAGCGCGAGCAGGAGACGUUGGAGAAGUCCUGGGCUCAGAGGCUACUGAAAGCAGAGGAAGAGAUUACAAAGAUCAGGCAGACCGACACCUGUGAGGGAGGGUUUCAGACCAGCUGUCUGGAGAGCGCAGGUCAAUCGGUUUCAUUGGAGGAGUUAGAGAUCAGACUCAAUGCUCAGAGAGAGGCCCUGCAGCAGGAAGCUGUGGUCGUCCAAGCCAAAGUGGUGGAGGAGGCCGUAAGAAAUGUUCAGAGAGAACUACAGCAGAAACACACCGAUGAAUUAUCACUCCAGGUUGAAGGUGCGAUAUCACGGGCUCGCACUAGAUGGCUCCACGACUUGACCUCCCUCCCAGAAUAUAAAAGCAGCUUGCAAACAGAAAAAAAUGACUGGGAGAGGCUACAACAGAAACAGGUUCAAGAACAGAUUUCUUCAGCUGUGAAGACGGUGGAGGACAGGUGGCAGGAGACGCUCCGUAUCAAAUGCAGCGAGCUGGAGGAGUGUAACAGAAGAAACGCCGAGCUUCUGGAGGAGUUGCAUGCCGUCAGUACUCGAAAGGAGUGUUCGGGCCAGGAGCAGGCUGCCGUCAUUAAAUCAGAGCUGGCAGCUGCCCGAGACGUUUGGAUGAGGGACAAGCACGAGGAGAUGUCCCGCCUCAGGGCGGAGCUUCAGAGAGAGCAUAAACACAAACUACAGGAGAGAAACGCAGAGCUGCAGGAGACCCUCAGGGUGAAGGAACAGGAGUGGAGGAGCCAGCAGGAGAUCAGACUGCAGGAGGAGACACAGCGAGUGCAAGAGGAGAUGCUCGCAGAUCUUAAGGAGGUGUUGCGGGAGGGAGUAGAGAGGAGGAGCGUUGAACAGAUACCUAGCAGUACCAUCAGAUCCAGAUUAUGGCAGAUAUGCAAGGAAACACUCAGUCGAACAGUCAACCAGGCCAGGCAGGAAUGGAAGAAGAACAGUGAAGAUAAGCUCAGAUGUGUGCUGAAGGAAACCCAAGAGCGCCAUGAAGCAGAAAUCACAGGUUUAAUGGCUCAGAGGAAACAAGGAGCGUGCACCAGCGCUGAAUGUGCCGAGUCUCUGGCCAAGCUCCAGAAAAAGAGUCAAGAGCUCCAGAGGCAUCUAGAAAAGGCCUGCCGGCAGCUCCAAAAGACCAUGCGAGAACACAAAAGCACCGUGCAGAAGAUGAAAGAGGAGCAUGAGGAAGCUGUGCAGAAACAACAGGAGACUCAUCUCAAAGCCCUGGAUGAACUUAAACAAGCCUCAGACGCACAGUCAAGCAGUCACAAUCUUCAAGCGGGUCUUGAGGAGAUGAAGGAGCAAUACAUGAAGGCUGUGGAGAAGAUCAGAGGUGAUAUGCUGCGGUACCUUCAGGAGAGUAAAGAGCGAGCGGCAGAGUUGAUAAGGGCAGAGGUCCAGAGAGAGAGGCAGGACACCGCCAGGAGGAUGCGCAGGUAUUACCUCACCUGCUUACAGGAGCUACUGGAAGAUGGAUGCCAGACUACUGGUGCAGAAAAGAAGAUUAUCAAUGCCGCAAGUAAGCUGGCAACUAUGGCCAAAGUUUUGGAGACCCCUGUAGCCAAACGCAAGGUUUUACGGACCCAGAACUCUCAAGGUGAAUCUGAGGAUAAAACAAAUGAUUCGCCUGCUAAAAUUCUGGGUGCUGCCUCGCAUGCAGCCGAAGCUCACGUUAGAAAAAAGGACCAAAAAAUAUACAACCCAACUGAGAUGGCUAAGCAGAAAGGCGUGAAAACAACAUCUAAAGGCUUUGAUCACGAUUCCUUCAAGUCUGGGAUGGUCUGUGGAUCUAAAGACCUGGAGAUGAUAGGUCAACGUUACCAGAAACGCACACAGGGUAGUUUAAGCAGUGAUGAUGGUAUUUAUAACAACGUCAAGACCUCUAAUGUUACUUUGAGAAAGCAGAGCAGAGAGAUGUUUCUGGAGGGGUUUGAGUCGGGAAGAUCGGAUCAGUCUGCUAUAAAACCCUUCCUGAUUGAAGAACCGCCUGUUCGGGAUGACGGCCAGAGUGACUGGAGUUUAACCAGUAACGGAUCUAACUACGUAAAUAACAUUCACCUGACAUCAUCUUAUCCAGAGCCUGGGAAACCAUUUCUAAUGAACGGCCCUUCAUUGGCUGGUUUGGACUUUGGAAGCUCCAUUGGUGAUAACUCCGAUAUAACGCUUUACAAAGAGAUCAUUCAACCUUUGUCUUACUCUAAACCUAAUGCAUUCAUAGACGGCAGAACAAAUAAAAACAGGGAGCCAAUCCCUGGAUCCGAAGAUGGUGUACAUAAACUGUGUCCAAAGAGUUUAUUUUCAGAGCUUAAAGUGCGUCAACAGGACAGCGGGUUCGACAGUCCAUUGGCACGGCUUCAGAAAUAAACUAGUGACUGAUGUCUUUUAUGUUUUAGUGCCUUUGUAAACUUUGCAUUUAUUGCACUCGGGUAAUCAUUUUGUACUUGAGCCAAAAGUGUCUUUUCUGCUUUUUUAUGUUUUUAGCAGUUGCACUGACAGUGCAUGAAUUUAUAUUUCUUAUUUAAUAAAAACGUAAGUUAAACUUGCAUGUUUAAGUA